CCUUCUGGGGCCCACCUGCUUACCAUCACCACCUCCUCCACAUGGGCCCACUUCCUUCAUAUUACAACUCAUACUUGUUUAACUUUCUCUCAUCAAACCGAUCUGGGUCUGGGUCUGCAUCCGUUCUUUAUUACGCGUUUAGUUUUCAACACUUUCUCUCUCUAGAAAUUCAACACAAGUUUUGAUUUUUAACACACUCCCAACUGGGUUCUCUUCUCUCAAUCAAGAAACAAAACAAUCAAACCUACCAAUUGAUUAUUUUAACAAAAUCUUUUCUGGGUUUUUAUACAAUUGGGGUUUUCUUGUUGUUUCAAGAAAGUGAGAGAACUGAAGAACCCCCUACACAAGUUUAGAGAGAGAAAGUUUUAUACUUUCUUGAUGGGUUUUUCCCAAAGAUUAGCCCUGUGAAGUGUGUGUGUAAUUUGGUGUAAGAUUCAAUGGAUACCAAAGGGCGGCUUGUAGCUGGUUCACACAACCGGAAUGAGUUUGUUUUAAUCAAUGCUGAUGAAGUUGGAAGAGUGACAUCUGUAAAAGAAUUAAGUGGGCAGAUAUGCCAGAUUUGUGGUGAUGAAAUCGAAAUAACGGUUGAUGGUGAGCCAUUUGUUGCUUGCAAUGAAUGUGCUUUUCCAAUUUGUAGACCUUGCUACGAAUACGAAAGAAGAGAGGGUAAUCAAGCUUGCCCUCAAUGCAAAACUCGAUUUAAACGGAUCAAAGGGAGUCCGAGGGUUGACGGUGAUGAAGAUGAGGAGGGAUUUGAUGAUCUGGACAAUGAGUUCGAUCUUGCUGAGUCGGUUCUUUCUGCACAUCUUAAUAAUGGGCGGGGUCCAUACGCUUCCGGUUUUGCCGGUUCUGAGGUGGAUGACGCCACUCUAAAGCCCGAGAUCCCUCUUCUUACUUAUGGUCAAGAGGAUGAUGGGAUUUCGGCUGACAAGCAUGCUUUAAUUGUCCCGCCUUUUAUGAAUCGUUCAAAGCGUGUUCAUCCUAUGCCGUUUUCUGACACUGCUUCAUCGGUUUCUUUGCCACCUCGACCCAUGGAUCCUAAGAAAGAUUUGGCAGUUUACGGGUACGGAACCGUUGCAUGGAAAGAUAGAAUGGAGGAAUGGCGAAAGCGGCAAAACGAUAAACUACAAAUGGUUAAGCAUCAAGGUGACGGUGGUCAUAACGAUGGAGAUGUCGAUGAUCCCGAUAUGCCAAAGAUGGAUGAGGGAAGGCAACCGCUUUCAAGAAAGUUACCGAUAUCUUCGAGCAAGAUAAAUCCAUACCGUAUGGUGAUAUUGAUUCGUAUGGCGAUUCUCGGUCUCUUUUUCCACUAUAGAAUCCUACACCCUGUUAACGAUGCAUACCCCUUGUGGCUCAUAUCAGUCAUCUGCGAGAUUUGGUUCGCGGUAUCAUGGAUUUUCGACCAAUUUCCAAAAUGGUUCCCAAUCGAACGCGAAACAUACUUAGAUCGAUUGUCACUAAGGUAUGAGAAAGAGGGGAAGCCGUCGGAAUUGGCCCCCGUAGACGUUUUCGUGAGUACGGUGGACCCGAUGAAAGAACCACCACUAAUUACCGCCAACACGGUGUUAUCCAUCCUGGCGGUGGAUUAUCCGGUGGACAAGGUGGCUUGUUACGUCUCUGAUGAUGGUGCCGCAAUGCUUACAUUUGAAGCUCUCUCGGAAACAUCUGAAUUCGCACGAAAGUGGGUCCCGUUUUGCAAGAAAUUUAACAUAGAACCACGAGCUCCCGAAUGGUAUUUUGCUGAAAAAGUUGAUUAUCUUAAGGAUAAAGUACAUCCCUCGUUUGUCCGGGAACGUCGUGCUAUGAAGAGGGAGUACGAAGACUUUAAGAUAAGAAUAAACGGGCUUGUGACAAUGGCGCAGAAGGUUCCGGAAGACGGAUGGACAAUGCAAGAUGGUACUCCAUGGCCCGGAAAUGACGUUAGGGAUCAUCCCGGAAUGAUCCAAGUUUUUCUUGGGAACAACGGUGUCCAUGACAUAGAAGGAAAUGAGUUGCCACGUCUUGUUUAUGUUUCUCGUGAAAAGAGGCCCGGAUUUGAUCACCACAAGAAAGCCGGUGCCAUGAAUGCUUUGAUCCGAGUGUCGGCCGUUAUUUCAAAUGCACCUUAUAUGCUCAAUGUCGAUUGUGAUCACUACAUAAACAAUAGUAAAGCGCUAAGAGAAUCUAUGUGUUUCUUGAUGGACCCCACAUCCGGAAAGAAGAUUUGUUACGUUCAAUUUCCUCAAAGGUUCGAUGGGAUCGAUCGUCACGAUAGAUACUCAAAUCGCAAUAUUGUGUUCUUCGAUAUUAAUAUGAAAGGGCUUGACGGGAUCCAAGGGCCGAUAUAUGUCGGAACGGGUUGCGUGUUUAGAAGACAAGCUUUGUAUGGUUACGACGCCCCGCCUAAGAAAAAAACACCCGGGAAAACGUGCAAUUGCUUGCCUAAAUGGUUAUUAUGUUGUUGUUCAUCAAGAAAGAAGAAAGCGAAAGGAAAGUCAAAGAAGUCAAAGGAAAAGUCAACAAAGGGCAAGAAGAGCAAAGACCCUCCUACCCAAAUACACGCGUUAGAGAAUAUCGAAGAAGGAAUUGAAGGAAUAGAUAGUGAAAAGUCAUCGCUUAUGCCUCAAAUAAAAUUCGAGAAAAAAUUCGGUCAAUCUCCCGUGUUUAUCGCUUCGACGCUUUUGGAAGAUGGAGGCGUUCCUCCGGGUGCCUCGUCAGCAUCACUAUUGAAAGAAGCCAUUCAUGUGAUAAGUUGCGGUUAUGAAGAUAAAACCGAAUGGGGAAAAGAGGUUGGAUGGAUUUACGGUUCGGUUACGGAGGAUAUCUUAACGGGAUUCAAGAUGCAUUGCCACGGCUGGCGAUCGGUGUAUUGCAUUCCGAAGAGGCCCGCGUUCAAGGGUUCAGCUCCUAUAAAUCUUUCGGACCGUCUUCACCAAGUUCUUCGGUGGGCCCUUGGGUCGGUUGAAAUCUUGUUUAGCCGACAUUGUCCAAUUUGGUAUGGUUAUGGGUGCGGUUUGAAACCGUUGGAAAGGUUUUCGUAUAUAAACUCGGUUGUUUAUCCGUUGACUUCGGUUCCAUUGGUCGCUUAUUGUACACUUCCGGCCGUUUGUCUUCUCACCGGGAAGUUUAUUGUUCCUGAGAUAAGCAAUUAUGCCAGCAUUCUCUUCAUGCUGAUGUUUUUAUCGAUCGCGGUUACAAGUAUUUUAGAAAUUCAAUGGGGCGGUGUCGGGAUCGACGAUCUUUGGAGAAACGAGCAGUUUUGGGUGAUCGGUGGCGUUUCGUCUCAUCUUUUCGCCCUGUUUCAAGGUCUCCUAAAAGUCAUAGCCGGAGUCAACACAAAUUUUACCGUUACCUCAAAAGCGGGUGACGACGGUGAAUUUUCGGAGCUAUACAUGUUCAAAUGGACGACCCUGUUAAUUCCGCCGUUAACUCUUUUAAUCAUCAACAUAAUCGGUGUGAUAGUGGGCAUAUCCGAUGCGAUUAGCAACGGGUACGAGUCGUGGGGCCCGCUUUUCGGUAGGUUGUUCUUUGCCAUAUGGGUGAUUUUACAUCUUUACCCUUUCCUUAAAGGUAUGAUGGGAAAACAAAGCGGUGUUCCUACGAUUCUUAUCGUGUGGUCUAUCUUGCUGGCUUCGAUUUUCUCGCUUUUAUGGGUUCGGGUCAACCCGUUUUUGGAUAGAGGUGGGAUCGUGUUAGAAGUUUGCGGGUUGGACUGUGACUGAAGAUACGAAAACCGAAGUAUAGACACAAAACAGAGGAUGAAAGUGAAAUAUUUAUCAGUGAAUGUGUAGAUAAAAAGGGUUCUCAUGAUUCAUUUUGGAAAGUCUUUUUUUUUUUUUGUAAGUUUAAUGGGUAAUUUUUGUGGGUUGUGGGGGGAUAGACUUCAAGAAUGUUGAAUCUGUCUGUAAUCCCAGGAAGAACAUAAAGUUUAGUUAUUUCUAUAUAAUUUAAUGUUUUCAUUCAAAAUAAUGUAUGUUCUUGAGUCUUGAUUUUUA